AUGACGUCAAGGACCAGUCAAGAAACUAAAACGCCCUACACAUAUCGUUUCUUUCACCACGUUUGCAGCCGCAAAGUGAUUUUUGCUAAUGUGCAUCUAAGAGCAAAUCUUUUUUCGCUCGCUCCUUUGUGGACUCAAAAAAUGGGAAGAUUAGACACUCUGAGAGAAUUUAAUUUAUUGUCAUGGAUGAGAGAGGAAAGACAAUCGAGGAAGUUGACCCUGGUCAUCGUUUUCAUCGCCUUGCUGCUGGAUAAUAUGCUUCUAACGGUGGUCGUCCCCAUCAUCCCCAGCUACCUAUACACAGUUGAUGAUGCAGCAGCCAACAUGGCCAAGAAUCACACCACGGCCUCCCCACACACCCCUUCUGGAACCUUCCAUACCAUCGUGUCCCUCUAUGACAACUCUGUCAGGGUAACCAACGGGGGCCCAAUGGACUCCACACCCAUACCCUUGGAUCAGACGCAGGCGGUCUCUCUUUCCACCUCGGCUCUCACACCCCACAACUCCACAGAGCCUGACUGCCCCAAAGCAGAUGACCAGCUUCUCAAUGAGAAUGUGAAAGUGGGACUACUUUUUGCCUCCAAGGCCACUGUACAGCUCAUCACCAACCCCUUUAUUGGGCCUCUCACCAACAGAAUAGGAUACCAGAUCCCCAUGUUUGCUGGGUUCUGUAUUAUGUUCCUGUCAACCAUUAUGUUCGCCUUCUCAUCGAGCUACACUCUGCUGUUUCUGGCCAGAUCCCUGCAGGGUGUGGGCUCCUCCUGCUCCUCUGUGGCUGGGAUGGGGAUGCUUGCCAGUGUGUACACAGAUGAUGAGGAGAGGGGAAAUGCCAUCGGGAUAGCACUGGGUGGUCUGGCCAUGGGCGUGCUGGUGGGCCCACCAUUCGGCAGCGUCAUGUAUGAGUUUGUGGGGAAAACAGCACCUUUCCUCAUUCUGGCUGUUCUGGCUGUGCUGGAUGGAGCACUGCAACUGUUCAUUCUCCAGCCCUCAAAGGUGGAACCAGAGAGCCAGAAAGGGUCCUCACUUUGGAGCCUUAUUAAAGAUCCAUACAUACUCAUUGCUGCAGGAUCCAUUUGUUUUGCAAACAUGGCCAUUGCAAUGUUAGAACCAGCGUUGCCUAUUUGGAUGAUGGAGACCAUGUGUCCAAGAAAAUGGCAGCUAGGCGUUGCCUUUUUGCCAGCCAGCAUCUCCUACCUGAUUGGAACGAACAUCUUUGGCGUCCUCGCGCACAAGAUGGGGAGAUGGCUGUGCUCUCUCAUCGGGAUGGUCCUCGUGGGGGUUAGCAUCCUCUGUGUCCCUUUCGCUAAGGACAUCUAUGGACUGAUACUUCCGAAUUUUGGUGUUGGUUUUGCAAUUGGCAUGGUGGAUUCCUCUAUGAUGCCAAUCAUGGGAUAUUUGGUGGACCUGAGACAUGUGUCAGUCUAUGGCACUGUGUACGCCAUUGCUGAUGUGGCUUUCUGUAUGGGCUUUGCUUUAGGUCCGUCCGCUGGAGGCGCCAUAGCGAAGAACAUUGGGUUCCCCUGGCUCAUGACCAUCAUCGGCGUCGUGGACAUCCUCUUCGCUCCCCUCUGCUACUUCCUCAGGAGUCCUCCUGGGAGGGAAGAGAAAAUGGCCAUCUUGAUGGACUCUAACUGCUCGAUGAAGACCCGAUCAUACUCAACACAGGGGAACACAGAGUACGAAGAGAUGGAGACAGAGUACGAUGAGUAUUAAUGGACACCAGACAUGUAUGUUACCUUCCAGAGGAUCUAUUUUGUUGUACAAAAACAGAGAUACAAUGAUUAUUAUUUUUUAACAGCAAAGCUGUUUUGUUGUGAGUGUCCGUCUUCACUGUUCUGUGUCAUUGUUAUUGUACGACUAGAGCAAACCAAAGUUGUUGUCAUUGCCCUGUGUUUAUUUUGAGCCAACAGCCUUAUCCAAUGGAAGUGGGGCCGUGUCAAAACAGGGUUUUCAUGGGCCGUAAUAGCAGACUGCUGUGAGUCAUAUUUACUGAAUAGUUCAGAUGAGGGUGGUAUUAUACAGUCGUGGCCAAACGUUUUGAGAAUGACACAAAUAUUAAUUUUCAAAGUCUGCUGUCUCAGUUUGUAUGAUGCCAAUUUGCAUAUACUCCAGAAUGUUAUGAAGAGUGACCAGAUGAAUUGCAAAGUCCCUCUUUGCCAUUCAAAUGAACUGAAUCCCCCAAAAACAUUUCCACUGCAUUUCAGCCCUGCCACAAAAGGACCAGCUGACAUCAUGCCAGUGAUGGCUGGAGAUCAUUCUGUCAUGCUGAUUGAGUUUGAAUAACAGACUGGAAGCUUCAAAAGGAGGGUGGAGCUUGGAAUCAUUGUUCUUCCUCUGUCAUGGUUACCUGCAAGGAAACACGUGCCGUCAUCAUUGCUUUGCACAAAAAGGGCUUAACAGGAAAGGAUAUUGCUGCCAGUAAGAUUGCACCUAAAUCAACCAUUUAUUGGAUCAUCAAGAACUUCAAGCAGAGUGGUUCAAUUGUUGUGAAGAAGGCUUCAGGGUGCCCAAGAAAGUCCAGCAAGCACCGUCUCCUAAAGUUGAUUUAGCUGCGGGAUCGGGGCACCACCAGUACAGAGCAUGCCCAGGAACGGCAGCAGACAGGUAUGAGUGCAUCUGCAUGCACAGUGAGGCGAAGACUUUUGGAGGAUGGCCUGGUGUCAAGAAGGGCAGCAAAGAAGCCAAUUCUCUCCAGGAAAAACAUCAGGGACAGACUGAUAUUCUGCAAAAGGUACAGGGAUUGGACUGCUGAGGACUGGGGUAAAGUCAUUUUCUUUGAUGAAUCCCCUUUCCGAUUGUUUGAGGCAUCCGGAGAAAAGCUUGUCCGGAGAAGACAAGGUGAGCGCUACCAUCAGUCCUGUGUCAUGCCAACAGUAAAGCAUCCUGAGACCAUUCAUGUGUGGGGUUGCUUCUCAGUUAUUUGAGUGGGCUCACUCACAAUUUUGCCUAAGAACACAUCCAUGAAUAAAGAAUGGUACCAACACAUCCUCUGAGAGCAACUUCUCCUAACCAUCCAGGAACAGUUUGGUGACGAACAAUGCCUUUUCCAGCAUGAUGGAGCACCUUGCCAUAAGGCAAAAGUGACAACUAAGUGGCUCGAUAUUUUGGGUCCAUGGCCAGGAAACUCCCCAGACCUUAAUCCCAUUGAGAACUUGUGGUCAAAUCCUCAAGAGGCGGGUGGACAAACAAAAUCCCACGAAUUCUGACAAACUUCAAGCAUUGAUUAUGCAAGAAUGGGCUGCCAUCAGUCAGCAUGUGGCCCAGAAAUAAAUUGACAGCAUGCCAGGGCGGAUUGCAGAGGUCUUGAAGAAGAAGGGUCAACACUGUAAAUAUUGACUCUUUGCAUCAACUUCAUGUAAUUGUCAAUAAAAGCCUUUGACACUUAUGAAAUGCUUGUAAUUAUGCAUUGUUCCAUUGUAACAUCUGACAAAAAAAUAUUUAAAGACACUGAAGCAGCAAACUUUGUGGAAAUUAAUAUUUGUGUCAUUCUCAAAAUUUUUGGCUACGACUGUAGAUCACCAAAUUCUGUGCUGUAGAUCGGCUAGGAGUACAAACCUAUCCUAAUAAUUCACCUAUUGGCCAUUAACUGUACGAACAAAACUAAUGUACUUAGAGAGUUACUUCUGUCUGUGUAGAAACUGACCUAGGGUCAGAUUCAACAUCUCUAACAAGGCACGAUGAGAACACUCCUUAGUGUUGGUCAUUCUAUUGGUUGAGAAUAAUUGGUAAAUUAUUUAGAUAUAUAGUAUAACAUAGCCUAUUACAGAGAUACAAGUUACUCAAUACAUUUGGAAUGAGAAUUAUCUUACUGCUAUAACAAGGCAAACCACAUUUUACCUUGAAAUGGGCCUUUUUCAUUGAUUCCACAAACAUUUUUUUAUACAUUGAGAUUGAUUUUUAAAUUGAGGAAAUACCUGAAAUGAAAGGACAAUACACCAGAAGCUGUUAUAGCCAAUGCUGUCCUGGGUUGACUGCUUAUGACUGUGCUUGUGACUAUUUGCAUGGUAUACCACAUUAAAAAAAACACCAUCACUCCAAUGCCUUUCCUCAGUUUCACUGUCCACAUCAAAACUAAAAACAAGUUAAUAAAGCACAUGACUGUCACUGUAAAUGAUACCACAGCUCAUAGGACACAUGUUUAGCUGUUUUUUAAGUGUACAUACCUUUUGGUAAGCCAUUUGAAUGUGUGGAAAACGAAGACUCAUGUCUUUUUUUUCACCUUUAUUUAACCAGGUAGGCUAGUUGAGAACAAGUUCUCAUUUGCAACUGCGACCUGGCCAAGAUAAAGCGUAGCAAUUCGACACAUACAACAACACAGAGUUACACAUGGAAUAAACAAAACAUACAGUCAAUAAUACAGUAGAACAAAAGAAAACAAAAAAAGUCUAUAUACAGUGAGUGCAAAUGAGGUAAGUUAAGGAAAUAAAUAUGCCAUGGUGGUGAAGUAAUUACAAUAUAGCAAAUAAACACUGGAAUGGUAGAUUGGCAGAAGAUGAAUGUGCAGGUAGAGAUACCGGGGUGCAAAGGAGCUAAAUAAAUAACAGUAUGGGGAUGAGGUAGGUAGAUAGAUGGGCUGUUUACAGAUGGGCUAUGUACAGGUGCAGUGAUCUGUAAGCCUCUCUGACAGCUGGUGCUUAAAGCUAGUGAGGGAGAUGUGAGUCUCCAGCUUCAGAGAUUUUUGCAAUUCGUUCCAGUCAUGGGCAGCAGAGAACUGGAAGGAAAGACGACCAAAGGAGGAAUUGGCUUUGGGGGUGACCAGUGAGAUAUAUCUGCUGGAGCGCGUGCUACGAGUGGGUGCUGCUAUGGUGACCAGUGAGCUGAGAUAAGACGGGGCUUUACCUAGCAGAGACCUGUAGCCAGUGGAUUUGGCGACGAGUAUGAAGCGAGGGCCAACCAACGAGAGCGUACAGGUCGCAAUGGUGGGUAGUGUAUGGGGCUUUGGUGACAAAACAGAUGGCACUGUGAUAGACUGCAUCCAGAUUGUUGAGUAGAGUGUUGGAGGCUAUUUUAUAGAUGACAUCACCGAAGUCGAGGAUCGGUAGGAUGGUCAGUUUUACGAGGGUGUGUUUGGCAGCAUUAGUGAAGGAUGCUUUGUUGCGAUAUAGGAAGCCGAUUCUAGAGUUAAUUUUGGAUUGGAGAUGCUUUUUUUAUUUUACCUUUAUUUAACCAGGCAAGUCAGUUAAGAACACAUUCUUAUUUUCAAUGACGGCCUGGGAACAGUGGGUUAACUGCCUGUUCAGGGGCAGAACGACAGAUUUGUACCUUGUCAGAUCGGGGGUUUGAACUCGCAACGGUUACUAGUCCAACGCUCUAACCGCUAGGCUACGCUGCCGCUUAAUGGGAGUCUGGAAGGAGAGUUUACAGUCUAACCAGACACCCAGGUAUUUGUAGUUGUCCACGUAUUCUAAGUCAGAGCCGUCCAGAGUAGUGAUGCUGGACGGGCGGGCAGGUGCGGGCAGUGAUCGAUUGAAUAGCAUGCAUUUAGUUUUAUUUGCGUUUAAGAGCAGAUGGAGGCCACGGAAGGAGAGUUGUAUGGCAUUGAAGCUCGUCUGGAGGUUAGUUAACACAGUGUCCAAGGAGGGGCCAUAAGUAUACAGAAUGGUGUCGUCUGCGUAGAGGUGGAUCAGAUAAUCACCAGCAGCAAGAGCAACAUCAUUGAUGUAUACAGAAAAGAGAGUCGGCCCGAGAAUUGAACCCUGUGGCACACCCAUAGAGACUGUCAGAGGACCGGACAACAGUCCCUCCUAUUUGACACACUGAACUCUAUCAGAGAAGUAGUUGGUAAACCAGGCGAGGCAAUCAUUUGAAAAACCAAGGCUGUCGAGUCUGCCAAUAAGAAUGUUGUGAUUGACAGAGUCGAAAACCUUGGCCAGGUCGAUGAAUACGGCUGCACAGUAAUGUCUCUUAUCGAUGGCGGUUAUGAUGUCGUUUAGAACCUUGAGCGUGGCUGAGGUGUACCCAUGACCAGCUCUGAAACCAGAUUGCAUAGCGGAGGAGGUAUGGUGGGAUUUGAAAUGGUCAGUAACCUGUUUGUUAACUUGGCUUUCGAAGACCUUAGAAAGACAGGGUAGGAUAGAUAUAGGUCUGUAGCAGUUUGGGUCUAGAUUGUCACCCCCUUUGAAGAGGGGGAUGACCGCGGCAGCUUUCCGAUCUUUGGGAAUCUCAGACGAUACAAAAGAGAGGUUGAAUGGGCUAGUAAUAGGGAUCUGAAGACUCAAUGUUUAGGGAGAAGAUAAUUAACUUUCCCUAUUGACAUUACAAGCCAUACAAAUAUAUAUUGUGUUGAAAGGUAAACGUAUGGAUACUGGUUUACUUUGACGUCUCUGAAUAAACAGCACCUUGAGGAGAUGGUAAAGCACUUUAUCAGAGUCUAGUUACUCACACCAUUUAACUCCAAGGACAGUUCUAGUAUGUUGAUGUUGGUUUAGCAGAGAGAGAAUUGAGGUGAUGAGCUUGAUAUGUUUUGUAAUUUUGUCUAAUGUUAGCAACAAAACACUCAAAGUUUUAUCAAAGAUGAAUUCACUUAUUGUGUGUGCAGUGCACUGAACAUCCCAGUAGUGUUAAUCCCCAACACUACUCCCGAGUGGUACAGCAGUUUAAGGCACUGCAUCUCACUGUUAGAGGUGUCCCUGGUUUGAAUCCAGGCUGUAUCACAACCGACCGUGAUUGGGAGUCCCAUAGAGCGGCGCACAAUUGGCCCAGGUUUGGCCGGUGGAGGCCGUCAUUGUAAAUAAGAGUUUGUUCUUAACUGUCUUGCCUAGUUAAAUAAAUAAAAUAGAACCGCAAUGUGUUUUCAAACACUGAGGUUGAAUUUCUGGUUUCAAUCUUGACCAGUUGGAAUCUUAAACUAACCUGUGAAGAGCAUUAAUAUUAUUUGUGAACACUUCCAGUAGGUCAUCAAAAAGUAUACACACAAUAUAUACAGAUCAAUAUGCAUUGUUUCCAAGAUCCAAGAUCAUAUUGACCAGCAGCAAUGUGCAUGCACAUACAUACAGUAGCAACUUCAGUCUGAGGAUUUGAUUGGCUGACUGGGCCCUGGCCUGCACAUGUCAUUAGAGACUUUUGUGUGCAGUCAGUCACCAGUAUUAAUCCACAACACAGAGCCAUGAAGUGUCCCUCCCAUCCCCCCUCUCCUAUUUGUCCUGAAGCUGAAAAUAUUGACUCAUCCACUGCUCUUUGUCAAGACCACUGUGAUCUAACAGAAACAGCCAGGCAUACAAAGCACUGCUAAUAACUGUCAAAUAUCUCUGUGCUGUUUGGCAAAGUGCAUUUAUUACAAACCAUUCUGUGGUUGUUCGAGCAAACCUGACAUCUGGAAUCUGACAUCUGUGAAAAUACCUUUAUGCCCUUGCCACGGAAAAACACAAUGGCCCAUGUUAAAAAUGUCAAAUAAGACUGCAUUUUUACAUAUAUGAACUGUUAUUUGCAAAACUCUGGGUUUGCUGGAUUGAAGGUUUGGUUGAAUGGACACCCCAAUGGGUUUCAUUGUAAAUAAAUGAUGCAAGCAAAAUAGUCUGUGAUGGAGUUGACAGAGAAAGUUUCCUGAUCACUAUUAGUUUCAUUAUUUGCACUUAAAUGUAUAUUAACAUUUUAAAUUGAAAUACUCAUGUCGAGAUGGCUACCAUUCUGAGAGAUUGUUAUUACUUUGCAAUACAUUGUUGGGUCAUGUAGGUUACAUAGUGGAUUAUACAGUGCCCUCCUGAAUUAUUGGCACCCCAGGUGAACAAAAAAGGCUGUGAAAAAAUGUAAUUGUUGUUUAUCAACUUGUUCUUACACUCCAAAUAUCAUAUGAACGUAACAUUUAAUUGAGUUCAAAUUCUAAAAACAAAAAUGUAAAACAAAUCAAGAAAAAAAGUUAUUCUAAAACAUGCGUCAGAAUUAUUGCCACACCUAAAAAAUUCUUAUUAACAAAAUCAAUUGUAUGUAUAUUCUGAUCUGAGUCUUGGAACUCUUAACAGGUCAUCCAUGACAGGGGUAUAAAUAUGAGGUGACACACAGACUAAAUCCCUUAGUCAUCCAUCAACAUGGACAAAAGGUUGUUGACCUUCACAAAUCAGGCAAUGGCUAUAAAAAGAUAGCUACAUGCCUGAAAAUACCAAUGGCAAUAAUGGCAAUAAUUAAUAAUAAUAAUCAUUAAUAAUAAUUAAUAAUACAUUUUAAACAACUGGUGACUGUGAUGAACCUGCCUCGAAGAGGAUGCAAGUGUAUUAAGAAGGAUGGUUCAAGUGGCAAAAAAAAAAUCUCCAAGGAUAAUAGUUGGAGAAUUGCAGAAGGGUAACAUCUUGGAGUCACCAAGUCUCCAAAACUACAAUUAGACGCCACCAAUGCCAAAAAGUUAUUUGAAAGGGUUGCUAGAACAAAGCCACAAAUGUAAGCACUUGGAGUUUGCUAAAUGUCAUUGGAAGUUUGAUUGGAACCACGUUCUAUGGUCUGGUUAGACUACAAUAGAGAUUUUUGGCAACAAGGGUUUGGUGUAAAAAGAGAGCCAUGGUCAUGCAGAAAAUAAGUAUGGUGGUGGAUCUGUGAUGUUGUGGGGCUGUUUACUUCCAAAAACCCUGGGAACCUUGUAAGGAUCAGUGGUGGAAAUAUUACCCAAUUUUCAUACUUGAGUAAAAGUAUAGAUACCUUAAUAGAAAGUUACUCAAGUAAAAGUGAACGUCAGCCUGUAAAAUACUACUUGAGUAAAAGUCUAAAAGUAUUUGGUUUUAAAUAUACUUAAGGAUCAAAAUUAGGGCCUCCCGAGUGGCGCAGUGGUCUAAGGCACUGCAUCGCUGUGCCACGAGAGAUUCUAGGUUCGAGUCCAGGUUCUGUUGCAGCCGGUUGUAACCGGGAGACCUAUGGGGCGGCGCACAAUUGGCUCAGCGUCAUCUGGGUUAGGGGAGGGUUUGGCCGGCAGGGAUGUCCUUGUCCCAUCACACACUAGCAACUCCUGUGGCUGGCUGGGCACAGUGCACGCUGACACGGUUGCCAGGUGUUUGGCUUUUCCUUCGACACAUUGGUGCGGCUGGCCUCCGGGUUAAGUGGGCAUUGUGUCAAGAAGCAGUUUGGCUUGGUUGGGUUGUGUUUCGGAGGACGCACGGCUCUCGACCUUCACCUCUCCCGAGUCCAUAUGGGAGUUGCAGCGAUGAGAGAAGACUGUAACUACCAAUUGGAUAACGAGAAAAUGGGGUAAAAAAAUAUAUUUAAAAAAUAAUACAUUCUUUAUGAAUGUAUUAAAGUAAAAGUUGUCAAAAACAGAAAUAGUAAAGUACAGAUAGCCCCCAAAAACAACUUAACUACUUUACACCACUGGUUAGGAUACAUGGCAUCAUGAGAUUUUAGGCAAAAACCUGUCUGCCUCUGCCAGGAGGCUAAAACUGGGUCGUCGUUGGAUCUUCCAGCAGGACAGCAAUCCAAAGCAAACCUCCAAAUCCACAAGAAAAUGGUUCACUGACCGUAGAAUCAAGCUUUUGCGAUGACCAUCCCAGUCCCCUGACCUAAACCCCAUUGAAAACCUGUGGGGUGAGCUGAAGAGGGGAGUCCACAAGCGAGGACCAAGGAUCUGGAAGAAUGGUCUCAAAUUGCUUCCUGUGUUCUCCCACCCCAUCAAACAUUACAAGACAACUCAGAGCUGUUAUCUUGGAAAGGGGAGGGUGCUCAAAGAAAUGCAGGGGUGCCAAUAAUUGUGAUAUGCAUGUUUGUUUAAAAAAAAAAAAACUUUUUUGUUACUUAAAGGUUAGAUUAAUAUAUUUUGAGUGUAAGAUUAAGCUGAUAAACAACUUUUUUCCCCAGCCUUUUUUGUUCAUAUUUACCUAGGGUGUAGAGAUGAAUAUAUUGGUCAUUUUGUUUAUAUUAGAAAUCUAUUGCACACAUGCACAAACAUAUGUGUGUGUGUGCCCAUGUUGGUGUGUGUGCCUUCUGACAUGUAUGUAAUUGGUUUGUGUGUAUAUCAACUACUUACUAACUGGUACACAAAAACAAAUGUUGACCUUUUAUAUUCUGGACUGGUUGUUUACCUGUAAAGUGUGCUGAUUGUGUAAUAUAUGUUGAUACUCAGUGGGGAUGGAAAACCCCAAAAUAAAUGUUGCUCUGAAAA